AUGAUGUCGCACCUGAAAGUAAUGGUCAUAUGGAAAAUACUUUGCGUAUUCCUGGUGAUCCUUUCACUGUCCUUGAUUCAAGAAGUGUCUUCUGAAGCAGUCUCCUGCAGAGGACGUUGCUUUGAAGCCUUUGAAAGAGGAAGAGAGUGUGACUGUGACAUGGAGUGUGAAAGAUAUGGCAAAUGUUGCCCAGAUUAUGCAAAACACUGUAAAGAGGCACACACAGAAAAGGCAUCACCUAAGCCUCCUCCAGCUGACAAAUCAACAUCUAAAAGGUCAUCCAAAAAUGAGGAAAAGAAGCCAGAGGAAGUAACACAGACCCAUGAAGUUAUGGAAGGUACUGGCAGCGGACUGGAAAACAAAUCGACCAGUCCUGCUCCAACUACAAAACACCCUGAAACAACCACACCAAUAAAAGCAACUACAUCUAGUCCAAGCCCCAGUUUACCAAGUACUACAAGUACUACCACAAAAGCAACAACUACCAAAGGGACCACUACAGCUCAGAAAGAUACUCCUGCGACAACAGCGGCACCAACAACCAAGGCAGAUUCUCCCACCACCCCCAAACCUGAAGAGACAACCCCUGCAGCCACAGAGGCACCAACAAUCAAGACAGAUAAUCCCACCAUCCCUACGGUAGAAGAUAUGACCCCUGAGGCCACAGAGGAACCAAUAACUGAAGCAGACUCUCCCACCAUCCCCAAAGCUGAAGAGGCAACCCUAGAGGCUACAGAGACACCUACGAUCAAGAGUGACUCUCCUACCACCACCAAACCUGAAGAGCAAGCCCCUGAAGUAACAGAGGAAACAAUGACUGAGGCAGACUCUUAUACCAGCCCCCCAGAAGAUGAAGAGAAGAAUGCUGUGCCCACAGAGGCACCAACGACCAAGGCAGACUCUCCCACCACCCCCAAACCUGAAGACACAACCCCAGAGGCACCAACGACCAAGGCAGACUCUCCCACCACCCCCAAACCUGAAGACACAACCCCAGAGGCACCAACGACCAAGGCAGACUCUCCCACCACCCCCAAACCUGAAGACACAACCCCAGAGGCCACAGAGGCACCAGCGACCAAGGCAGACUCUCCCACCACCCCCAAACCUGAAGACACAACCCCAGAGGCCACAGAGGCACCAGCGACCAAGGCAGACUCUCCGCAGACUCUCCCACCACCCCCCAACACGCAGACGCAACCCCAGCGGCGGCACCAACGACCGGAGUCUCCCCUCCCCCCCAAACCUGAAGACACAACCCCAGAGGCACCAACAACCAAGGCAGACUCUCCUACCACCCUUAAGGUUAAGGGGACUACCCCUGCAGCCACUGAGGUUGACACCACUGCCAUACAGAAAACAACACCUAUUGAACUGACAACUACUGUCCCUGGAUUAGUAACAACUGCUAAAAAAAUCACAACCACUCAAAGCAGUGAGGCGGUCAGAACAACUAGGAAGGAAACCCCCAUACCUGAAGCAGACGUAACAGUUUCAGAAACAACAGCAGAGAAGAAAAUUACAACUCCUCCACCCAAAGUAGCAACCAGCACAACUGCAAAAGAUAGGACUACAGCAGGACAAAGGAUAGUGGUGGCUGCAGCUAGGACUACUGAGAUUGUAACAGUAACUGAUAAAAAAGACAAAACAACAGCUAAAACUGUUACUACUCCUAGAACAGAAGAGCUGACAACUAAAAUAGAAAAAACCACGGUGAACAAAGAGAUAACGACACCCAAGAAAGACAAAAGUACUGUGCUUAAAGACAUUUUAACAACAAGUAGGAAAGACACAACUACUGUAACUAUGGUGAUAACAGCUAAACCAGAUGACUCUCCUAAAGGUAAGGAUGAUAUUCCAAAUACAACUUCUACAGCCAAGCAAGCUGUCACUACAGCAGCUGAAUCAGAAGCAGCUACUGUGGACAAAAAGACUGCAACAAUGGCUGCAGAAAAAGAAGCAACCCCAGCUAAACAAGACAAGCCUCCCAUACCAAAAGAGACUUUACCAGCUAAAGAAGAAGAAAGGCCUGCAGGAACAGCGACUCUAACAAAAGCAGCUCUAGCAGCUACGACUGCCAUGCCCAAGCCCACUGUGUUGACAACAACUGCCAAAACAGAUUCAACUCCUAACCCCAGGGAGAUUGUGACAACAAGUAAAAGAGACACAACUAUGGAAACUAAGCAGACUGUAACAGCAGCAGCUAAAGAGAGCACAGGUGCUACUUGUGUUGUUGUAGAGACAACAACAGCUGGUAAAAAAGAGGUAAUGACCAUCAAAGAAACUAGCAUCACAACUGAAAAAGAAAUGGAAGAUGCCACCGAGAAGGCGCCUAGUAUUGACAAGGGAGAGGGAACCACAGUUACCAAAGAGACCACUACAAAAGAGAAAAAAGACACGAUAGAAGAAAUGUUUAUUGUUUCUAAAGGGACAUCCAAGCCAACUAUACAUUUCCAGGAGGUUACUGACACAAGAGAUGAGCCUCAUCCAUCCAGCCCUGAAACGCUGCCAGUAAAAGAGCCUGAGAUAAACAACAAGCCUUUAAUACAAACUGCAGACUUGCCAAUUUUAACUGGAGAAACACAAGGUAAUUCGAAGGACGAGAAGGACCUGUGCAGCGGGAAGCCAGCGGACGGCAUGGUGGCCCUGCCAAACGGCACCCUGGCCGUCUUCCGAGGUCACUACUACUGGCUGCUGAACGGCAGGGGGCCCCCGACGACCAGCCCCCGCCGGAUCAGGGAGGGCUGGGGCGUCCCGUCCCCCAUCGACGCCGUCUUCUCCAGGUGCAACUGCGAUGGCAAGACCUUCUUCAUCAAGGGUCCCCUAUACUGGCGUUUCACCAAUGGUGUUAUGGAUAAAGGCUAUCCCAAACCUCUUGCAAAUGGAUUUGCAGGGCUGAGCGGGAAAAUAGUAGCAACUCUCCCUGUGGCAAGAUACAACAACAGACCAGAAUCUGUUUAUUUUAUCAAAAAAGAUGGCAACAUGCAACAGUACGUGUACAGACAAGAACCAGCCAAGAAGUGUCAAAGAAGAACCCAGGUUACCAUAAGAUACCCAGCUUAUGUUCCAAGACUUGUAAUAAGGAGACGCUUUCAACGUGCAGUAAGAAUACCAACUGCUAUGCAGACUGUCAGAAUCAACCCAUAUCCGUCUGGAGUUUUGCGUAAGGAAAUCAAAAUGACUGCCUACUGGAGAGGGCUCCCGAAAGUAAUUCAUUCAACUGUAUCAAUACCCAACUAUAACAAGCCAGAUGGCUAUGAUUAUUAUGCCUUCUCUUACAAUCGGUACUACAGUUUGGAUGUUGGCAAAAGAAUAGCAAGACCUGUUACCGCUCUCACAGGAAAGACUGUAUCCAAAGACUGGUACAACUGUCCUAGCAAGUGA